AUGCUGUGGUCAGAGGAGACCAACACUAACAGGCAUCAGUGUGAGGGGGGAGGGGGGGGGGCAGCAUCAUGCUGUGGUCAGAGGAGACCAACACUAACAGGCAUCAGUGUGAGGGAGGGGGGCAGCAUCAUGCUGUGGUCAGAGGAGACCAACACUAACAGGCAUCAGUGUGAGGGGGAGGGGGAGGCAGCAUCAUGCUGUGGUCAGAAGAGACCAACACUAACAGGCAUCAGUGUGAGGGGGGUGCAGCAUCAUGCUGUGGUCAGAGGAGACCAACACUAA